AUGACAAGUUCUGCUGUAAGUAAAACUAAAAGUGACACUGAAGGUUCUUUGCCUGGCGAAUUACAUAAUGUUCCUUCGAGCUCGGUAUCUCUGCCGACUCCAAUCUCCACAGACACACCAGGUGCAGGAGCAGCAUUGCCUGUUGGCAGCAAUGUCAAUGAAGUGAUAGCCGCGGGUACUGCAGAGACGCCUAUCUGCAUUCUCGUGCUAGGAAUGGCAGGAAGUGGGAAAUCAACACUGGUGCAGGCAUCUGCAUUUCCUACAGUGAUUGUAUACGUGAUGGACACACCACGUAGUGUCAAUCCAGUCACAUUCAUGUCUAACAUGCUCUAUGCCUGCAGCAUCAUGUACAAGUAUAAACUCCCCUUCAUAGUUGCUAUGAACAAGGUUGAUGUAGUGGAUAACCAGUUUGCAGUGGAUUGGAUGACGGAUUUUGAGAUUUUCCAGCAAGCUCUUGACAGUGAGACAUCUUAUGUGUCCAACCUUACACGCUCAAUGAGUCUAGUUCUAGAUGACUUCUACAGUGAUCUUAAGUCAGCUAGAAAUAUCAGCCUGUCACAGGGAUCUGGAUUGGCCAAUUUUUCCAAGCUCAAUUGA